AAUCAAACAAGCCACGUAAUAUUAUCAUAUUGCAAAUGUAAUCACUUUCUCACCCUCGAUAUAAUAAUAGCAGAGCACUCCAAUUUUCUCCACUACGAAGACUUUCUUCUUUCUCUCUCUACAAACUUUUAACUUUAAACGGUUUAUUGAAUGACGGAGCCGACGAUGAAUCUCUGGACCACCGACGAUAACGCCUCUAUGAUGGAAGCUUUCAUGAGCUCCUCCUCCGACAUCUCAGCCUUAUGGCAACCGGCAACGACGACGGCAACGGCGUCGACUACAGCUCCGGCACCGGCGGGAUUCAACGAGGAGACUCUACAGCAAAGGCUGCAAGCACUGAUUGAAGGGACAAACGAAGGCUGGACCUACGCUAUAUUCUGGCAGCCGUCGUACGACUUCUCCGGCGCCUCCGUGCUCGGAUGGGGCGAUGGGUAUUACAAAGGAGAAGAAGACAAGGCAAAGCCCAGACAGAGAACGUCUCCACCGCCGUUUUCAACACCGGCGGAUCAGGAGUAUCGUAAGAAGGUGUUGCGUGAGCUCAACUCGUUGAUCUCCGGCGGAUGUGGUCCGACGGAUGACGCCGUCGAUGAAGAGGUGACGGAUACGGAGUGGUUUUUCUUGGUUUCGAUGACGCAGAGCUUCGCUUGCGGUUCUGGGUUGGCGGGUAAGGCGUUCUCGACGGGUAACGCAGUUUGGGUUUAUGGGUCGGAUCAGUUAACCGGGUCGGGUUGUGAGCGGGCGAAGCAAGGAGGAGUGUUUGGGAUGCAGACCAUCGCGUGUAUUCCUUCGGCGAACGGGGUUGUUGAACUCGGGUCGACGGAGCAGAUCCGACAGAGCUCGGAUCUUAUGAACAAGGUGCGAGUACUUUUCAAUUUCAACGGUGGCGCUGGAGACUUAUCGGGUCUUAACUGGAAUCUUGACCCGGAUCAAGGCGAGAACGAUCCGACUAUGUGGAUUAAUGACCCGAUUGGAGUAGCCGAGCAGGGUAACGGAGCUCCGAGCUCUAGCUCCCAGCUUUUUGCCAAGUCGAUCCAGUUUGAGAAUGGUGGUAGUUCAAGCACCAUCAUCGAAAACCCGAAUCCGGAUCCAGCUCCGAGCCCGGUUCAUUCCCAGACCCAGAAUCCGAAAUUCAGCAACAAUUUCUCCCGCGAAUUAAAUUUCUCCACGUCGAGCACCACCUUGGUGAAACCAAGACCCGGCGAGAUAUUGAGCUUCGGCGAUGAGGGUAAACGGAGCUCCGUGAACCCGGAUCCGAGUUCUUAUUCGGGUCAGACUCAGUUCGAGAAUAAGAGAAAGAAGUCCAUAGAUGACAAGGUUCUAACUUUCGGAACCGGCGGAGGAGAAUCCGAUCACUCCGAUCUAGAAGCCUCCGUCGUGAAAGAGAUACCGGAGAAACGUCCCAAGAAACGCGGAAGAAAACCGGCCAACGGUAGAGAAGAGCCGCUUAACCACGUCGAAGCAGAGAGACAGAGACGCGAGAAACUAAACCAGCGAUUCUACGCGUUACGUGCGGUUGUACCAAACGUCUCCAAAAUGGAUAAAGCUUCUUUGCUCGGUGACGCCAUUGCUUACAUCAACGAGCUCAAGUCGAAGGUGACCAAGACGGAAUCUGAGAAAACUCAGAUCAAAACCCAGCUCGAGGAAGUGAAAAUGGAGCUCGCCGGAAGAAAAGCGAGCGCCGGUGGUGAUCUAUCAUCCUCUUGCUCCAUGACAGCCAUCAAACCGGUGGGGAUGGAGAUCGAGGUGAAGAUUAUCGGUUGGGAUGCGAUGAUAAGGGUGGAAUCGAGCAAGAGGAAUCAUCCGGCAGCGAGGUUGAUGUCGGCGUUGAUGGAUCUGGAGCUUGAGGUCAAUCACGCGAGUAUGUCGGUGGUUAACGAUCUGAUGAUACAGCAAGCGACGGUGAAGAUGGGAUUCAGAAUAUACACGCAGGAACAGCUCCGGGCGAGUUUAAUCUCAAAGAUUGGUUAAAAGUAAAGAUUAAGAAAGUUAUGGGGUCAAAAUCAUAAGUAAUUCGUUUUAGUUGGGGUUCCAGUAAUUUUGUAGCUUGUAGCUAUUAUGUAAGAAAGUCCAAAAGUAGAGCGACAAGUUUGUUUCGCUCUCUCACUCUUAGUCUGUAUCGUUUGUUGUUUCGUCUCCAAUAUGUAACGUGUAUAUAGUAUAUUAUGAGUUAUACCAUGUGUUAGUUACUACCAAA